AUGAAAGCAAUAAAAUCAGAAGACUUAUAUCUGAACAGAGCCAAAUUUGUAAUGAAAUACUUGGGAGUUUGGUAUAUAUUUUUAUUUUUCCAAAUUAUAUUCAUCGGACAGGUUUGGGGGGACUUGGAGGCUGUAUCCCAGUCCUCCUACUUGUUAUUCACUCAGGCCUGUUUAUGUUUUAAAGUUACCGUCUUACAAAUAAAUAUUAGUUCACUUAAAGAUUUGCUAAAAAGAAUGAACGAUGAAAUAUUCUUGCCGCAAUCGAACGAACAUGAGAGAAUCUUGAAGAUGCAGGCUAAAAGAAUUAAGCGGUUGUUAUUGGCUUUCAUGAUCAGUUCGCAAACAACUUGCGGUCUGUGGGCCUUAAAACCACUUUUUGAUGAUGUUGGUAGUCGCAAGUUCCCGUUUGAUAUGUGGAUGCCUGUGAAACCAGAAUUUUCGCCGCAGUACGAGCUUGGUUACGCCUUUCAGCUGCUUACAAUUUGCAUGAGCGCCUACAUGUACUUCGGAGUGGACAGCGUCACGCUCAGCAUGGUCAUAUUUGCCUGUGCACAGCUGGAUAUCAUCAAGGAUAAGAUUUUGAGUAUUAAACCUACACAAUUUGGCAGUAAGACAGAAAGAAUUGCAAUCAUAGCUGAAAAUAAUAGAAAAUUAAUUGAGUGUAUAAAGCAACACCAGGCCAUAGUUUCGUUUACAGAACUUGUGGAAAAUACAUACCAUACGUUUUUAUUUUUUCAACUCGUUGGAAGUGUUGGACUUAUUUGUAUGUCUGCAUUACGGAUUCUAGUGGAGGACUGGCAGAGCAUGCAAUUCUUUUCAAUUUUGACUUAUUUGUCGGUCAUGAUCAGUCAGUUGUUCGUUUGCUGCUGGUGUGGACACGAACUGACCGCUACAAGUGAAAAUCUUCACACAGUUCUCUACCACUGUACCUGGUACGAGCAGGACAUGAAAUUCAAGCGAAUGCUUUGUUUCGCCAUGAUGCGUAUGAGCCACCCAAUAGUUUUGCGCGCUGGUCAUUACAUCAGCUUGUCGAGGCAGACGUUUGUGUCUAUUCUACGAAUGUCCUACUCAUACUUCGCUGUUUUAAAUCAAACAAUGUAA